AAGCAGGAAAUUAGGUUAAUUUUGUAGCUCAUUAUGUUCGGGUUUGGAAAACUUUGUUUUUCGCGUCCGCUUGGUUAUGAAGAAAAACAAGAAAAACUCUACCGUGUUGAGAAGACAAAAGCUGAGAAAAAGAUGAAGAUUCUGGACAAGCUUCUUUCUCGUCAAGCCGCAAAAAAUCAGCGCCAUUGGCAGUUUGAAGUUUUUGGGUGUCACGAGAUGAUCGGAAUUUACUCAAAUCCAAAAAACUUCGAUAAAAUCUCAAUUGAGGAUCGUUGUAAAGGACUUCAGCGCCUGAACAGAGAAAUGUGCCACUAUGAAGAACAAAUGCUAAAGACAAAGCUUGCAACGAUCCCCUGGAUCAUGGAGAAGUGGCGCAAUCACCAGGAGAACAGGGAUCGAAGACGUUCAGAAGUCCGUCAGCAGAAAGAGUAUUUUCGUCGCAUCGAUGCUCCACCAUCGCGCAGGACGGUGUAAAACAAUAAAUACAGAUAUUCAGAGAUUCCGUUAAAGACUUAUAACUCAUUGUCAAAUACUUUGUAACCCUUUGACACAUAUUUACCAAAGCUCACUUGUUCCCUGUCCGAUGUCUUUUUUGAUCUUGACAAAAUGUAUCUCCCAUCUUUUAAAAUCCCCCGGACAACAUUUCAUUUUCCUAAUAAAAUAUGUUAUUGUUA